CCAAUGGAAACCCCCGCCCCAUCUGGCGCAGGCUAACUGUUACGCACUGUCUUCCGUGACUCAGGAGUGUCCAUGGUGCAUAAUCGGGUGCCAUAGCACAUCCAUAGACGUGGCCGUCGUAUGCUGUGCUGCGUUCGCUCGGCUGGCGCAGUGUCCCGUGUGGAGCGAGAGAGGGCGAAGUUGACUCUGCCUGCAUUGCAGCCUGAGCGCUGCUGGAAUCGAACACAACAAUGGCGUCUCCCAGUUCCAACAGCAACUCAACAACCUCCAACAGCAACAUCGCAGGAUCCACCUCGCACCACCAUCACCCGCAAACACAACACAUGACCACCGUCAGCAACAUGCAAGAAAUCAACACGUGCUGGAGGUGUCAAAACGAAACAGGGUUUCAGAUAAGCCUGUCUGGAGUGCCCCAAAGUAAACGUAAAGCCCUGAAGCUGAACUUCGCCAACCCUCCAGUGAAGCCAGCUACCAGGUUGCCCCUCAAUCCCUCACCUUCAACCGCCCCCUCCUUCCAGAACCCACACAUAGAGCGUAUGAGGACACACAGUAUCGAGUCGUCGGGGAAGCUGAAGAUUUCCACAGAGAAUGCCUGUGACUUCACGGCCGAGGACCUGAGGGACCUGGGGGAGAUCGGCCGUGGGGCAUACGGCUCCGUCAACAAGAUGCAGCACAAACCCAGCGGACAGAUCAUGGCCGUCAAGAGGAUCCGUUCCACGGUGGAUGAGAAGGAGCAGAAGCAGCUGCUGAUGGAUCUAGACGUGGUGAUGAGGAGUAGUGACUGUCUCUAUAUCGUCCAGUUUUACGGAGCUCUCUUCAGAGAGGGUGACUGUUGGAUAUGUAUGGAACUAAUGUCUACCUCAUUCGACAAAUUCUACAAAUAUGUAUAUUGUUCGUUAGAUGACGUCAUUCCAGAGGAAAUAUUAGGCAAAAUCACAUUAGCAACCGUUAAAGCACUGAACCACUUAAAAGAAAACUUGAAAAUAAUUCACAGAGACAUCAAACCUUCCAACAUUCUCAUGGAUCGUAACGGCAACAUCAAGUUGUGUGACUUUGGCAUCAGCGGUCAGCUGGUGGACUCAAUAGCCAAGACCAGAGACGCAGGCUGCAGACCCUACAUGGCGCCGGAGAGGAUAGACCCCAGUGCUUCCAGACAAGGCUACGACGUCCGAUCAGACGUGUGGAGUUUGGGGAUAACCCUGUAUGAGCUUGCCACCGGUAGGUUCCCCUACCCCAAGUGGAAUAGUGUGUUUGAUCAGCUGACCCAGGUGGUGAAGGGCGAGCCGCCCCAGCUCUGCAACUCUGAAGACAGGCAGUUCUCCCCCAAGUUCAUCAACUUUGUCAACUUAUGCCUUACAAAGGAUGAGUCAAAACGGCCAAAGUACAAGGAGCUCCUGAAACACCCGUUCAUCCUGAUGUACGAGGAGAGGUGUGUGGAUGUGGCCAGCUACGUGUGUCGCAUCCUGGACCAGAUCCCAGCGUCCCCCAUCUCACCCAUGUACCUGGACUGACAGGGGGGGGACACUUUACACCGCAACACACAUGCCGGGGGGAAACAGUACACCGCAUGACAUCUUAGCCCUCCGAUACAGAGUUACUAUAGUAUCAUCUGUUUGUUUCCAUGUUCCAAAGAACACGAGAACAAUUCCAUAUAAAAAAUGAAUCGCCCUGUGCAAUACGAAAAUACACACACACUCAUGCUUGUUCAAUGUCAAUUAAAAUAUCUAGGUUAUCCUCCCAUCUUCAGACAGCUAAACUUGAAGACAUUCAGUUGGCUCAACGUAUGUACGACGUUCAUCUUUUUUAUGUGCUAGAAAAAAGGGUUAGAGUACAUAUACUGUAUGUGUAUAUGUACAGUGUGUGUGUGUGUGUAUAUAUUAUAUAUAUAUUAGUACCAGUCAAAAGUUUUGACACGCCUACUCAUUCCAAGGGUUUUCUCAUUUUAACUAUUUUCUACAUGGUAGAAUAGUAGGGAAGACAUCAAAACUAUGAAAUAACACUUAUGGAAUGAUGUAGUAACCAA